AUCGCCAUCAUUCUUUUUACCGCUACCCUUACUUACGCUGGAGUAUAUCAACAUGAACCCCUGUACGUUGUCCAACAUGCCCCCGCUGUCAGUAGUGCUGGUGCUUACGGUUCCGGUUACUCGGGUUAUGGACAUCUAAACAGCGGAUACGGAGCUCAUGGCUACGGAGCCGUCCGUGACAAAGCUGCCCACGGAGCCUAUGCCCAUGGCGAUGCCGCUGUGGAUGCUGAUAGUGCCCACAGGGAUUUGAAAGCUCACGGUGCCGUCGGUGCUGCCCACAGCAACUUUAAGGAUAAAGGUUUCUACGCCCGUAACCGUGGCUUUGGAUAUGAAAAGGCCUUCGCUUACGACAAGCAGUUGGCAGCUCACGACAUCGGAGCCAAGUCUGGAGCUUACGGCCAAAAGUUCGGUCUCAGCGACAACUACGGCCACAGCAAUUUGGACGCCCACAACAAAUAUGCUCAUGGAGCACAGGGAGGCCACGACAGAUACGGAGCAGCCGGUUACGGUAGUUACGGACAUCUGAACACCGGUUACGGCGGUGCCGGAUACGCUCACGGAGCCAAGAGCUACUCCCAUCAGCCUGCUGCAGCCUACGUUGUUGCUCAUCCUGCUCCAGCCCACAGUUACAGUAGCCCUUACACCAAGAUCACCUAUCAUUAA